CCAAAAAAAAAAAAAAGAAGUUGCUGCCAGUAGUCACUGCGAUGGGUACUGCUUCUUCUACUUCAAGAUCUUCCUCUCAAUCAACUUAUUCAAAGAACUAUGAUGUGUUCAUCAGUUUUAGAGGAGAGGACACGCGCACAAAUUUCACCAGCCAUCUUCAUUCUGCUCUCACCCACAAGUCCCUGAGAACCUUUAUUGAUUAUGAGCUUCCCAAAGGCGAUGAUAUCUCGGAAUCUCUCAUCCAAGCAAUCAAGGAUUCUAGUAUAUCUGUCGUGGUCUUCUCAGAGAACUACGCUUCCUCAAAAUGGUGCUUGGAUGAACUCGCCCAGAUACUCCAGUGCAGGAAAGAUUUAGGCCAGUUUGUUAUUCCUGUGUUCUACAAGGUUGACCCAUCAGAUGUUCGCAAGCAGAAGGGGACUUACGAGGAGGCAUUUGCAAAACAUGAGAGAGAUUUCAGGCACAACCAGGACAAGUUGAAGAAAUGGAAAGAUGCUCUUUUUGAAACUGCCAAUUUAGCUGGAUGGCACUCUCAAUCCUUCAGGGACGAAGCUGAACUAAUUCAGAACAUUAUUAAGGAUGUUUUGCAAAAAUUGGAUCGUAAGUAUCCAAGUACAUUAGAAGGUCUUGUUGGAAUUGAUGAAAAUUGUGAAUGCAUUGAGUUGUUACUGAGAAAAUUUUCAAUAAUUGGAGUUUGGGGAAUGGGUGGGAUAGGUAAGACAACCAUGGCUAAGGUUGUAUUUGACAAACUAUCUCCUCAAUAUCAAAGUUGCUGUUUCUUAGAAAAUGUAAGGGAAGAGUCAGAAAAGCAUGAAUUAAAAUAUAUACGUGAUAAACUUGUUUCAGAGCUGCUUAUGGAAGAAAAUAUCCAUCUUACCCAACCGAAAGUUUUGGGAUCUACUUUUGUUAGGAGAAGGCUUAGCUGCAGAAAAGUUUUCAUUGUGCUAGAUGAUGUUAAUAGUUCAAAGCAAUUAGACUAUCUCGCUAGAGAAUGUGAUUGCUUGGGGCAAGGUAGUAAAGUCAUCAUAACAACAAGAGAUAAGCAUAUGCUUAUUGGUAGAGUUAAUGAAAUAUAUGAGGCCAAGCCAUUGAAGUAUCAAGAAUCCUUCAAGCUUUUCAACUUGAAAGCUUUUCACAAUGAUCAUCCUGAAAUUGGAUAUGAACAGCGAUCAAAAAGGGUUGUUACUUACACCAAAGGCAAUCCUUUAGCUUUAAUAGUUCUGGGUUCUUUUCUUUACUCCAAAACUAAAGAAGAAUGGGACAGUGCGUUAAGAAAAUUCAAAAGGAUUCCACAUGAAGAUAUUCAGGAAGUGUUAAAAUUGAGCUACAACGGAUUAAACGAUGAAGAGCAGGAAAUAUUUCUAGACAUUGCGUGCUUUUUGAAAGGUGAACUUAAAGAACAUAUAAUACAGCUAUUAGACAGCUAUGGAUUCCAUGCAAGAAUUAGCAUUAGAACCCUCCAAGAUAAGGCUCUUAUUACUGUGGGUGAAAGAUUGUGGAUGCAUGAUCUAAUACAAGAAAUGGGUUGGGAGAUAGUUCGUCAAGAAUGUAUUAAAGAACCAGGAAGACGCACUAGAUUAUGGGACCCUAAGGAAGUCUAUGAUGUAUUGAGAAGCAAUCGGGGAACUGAAGCUGUCGAAGGCAUAAUCUUAAAUGUGUCUCGAAUUAAAGAUAUAUACUUGGAUGCCGACACCUUCAAAAAGAUGACUAAUUUAAGAUUCCUGAAAUUUUAUUCCUUAUGCAAUACUGGAUCAUUCAAUGUGCAUCUUCAGAAGGGUCUUGAGUCUAUUUCUGAUAAAUUAAGGUACUUUCAAUGGGAUGGGUACCCUUUGGGUUCUUUGCCAUCAACUUUUUGUGCUGAGAGCCUUGUUGAACUGAAAAUGCAAUACAGCCAUGUUCAAACACUUUGGGAUGGCGUGCAGGAUUUUGUAAAUUUGAAGAGAAUAGAUCUUCGUUUUUCCAGAAAACUGAGACAGUUGCCUGAUUUCUCCAAGGCCCAUAAUCUGGAAUUGGUGAAUCUAUAUUACUGUGAAAGUUUGCGUUAUGUCCAUCCAUCUAUCUUAUCUCUCAAGAGCCUUGUUUCUUUGGAUUUAGGCAAAUGCAAAAACCUCGAGAGUCUCCAAAGUGAUACUCAUUUAAGAUCUCUUAGAAAAGUCCUUGUUCAUGACUGCCCUAAUCUGAAGGAAUUCUCUUUAUCAUCCAAAGAACUAAGAUGUUUAUUUUUAGGGUCAACUGGUAUAGAAAUUCUACACCCAUCAAUCGGAAGUCUUGCUAAGCUUAGAAGUCUUCAUCUCAAUGGUUCAAAAUUGAAGAAUCUUCCACUAAAGGAGUUAUGUUGCUUAAGAUCUCUUGAGGAUCUUGGUAUCUACAACUAUGCGUUUGACAAACAUGUGCUGCAAAUGCUAUUUGAUGCCUUGCCUGCUUUACGAAUACUAAGCUUCCUGAAUUGCUCUAACUUAACUGAGCUCCCAAACAACAUCAAGCAACUCUCAAGACUUCAAAGGCUUCAUUUGAGAAGUUGCAGAAAUCUUCAAUGUUUACCAGAGCUCCCCAUGUCUGUUAAAGAGCUAGAUGUCUCCAACUGCCCAUCAAUUUCAAUCAACUGUAAGUUGUUGAAGGAAGUAGGAAAAUUGGUUCCAGCACUGCACACCUCCUCAAUUGGGCAUCUUGCCAAUCUCAAAACUCUACUUCUUGAUGCUUCAAGUCUUGGCAAUCUUCCAAUAACUGAGUUAUGUUGUUUUAGAUCUCUCAUGGAGCUUCGCCUUCGAAAAUGCAGACACCUAGUGGAUGAACCAAAGCUACAUAUACUAUUUGAAUCCCUGCAAUGUCUACAAAUACUGGAUUUGGAGGACUGUUCUGGCUUAACUAAGCUCCCCAACAAUAUCAAACAUCUCUCACGUAAGCUUCAGUUUUUACCCCAGCUUCCACGGUCUCUUAGAAAUUUUAUGGCCAGUAAUUGCACAUCAUUAGAGAGAGUGUUUGCUUCAACAAUUUCAAGGCUAUUACGGGUAAAUGGUCAUAAUUUCAUUUCAUUUCACAAUUGUGAGAAAUUGAACGAGCGUUCACGUUGUGCUAUUGAGAAACAUGUGGAGUUCUCAUUGAAGCAAGCAGUACAUAACAAGCAAAGAUUUACAGUUUUUUAUCCUGGAAACAGUGUUCCAUUGUGGUUUGGCUAUAAUCGGUCAACAAAGGGUUUGGUAACCUUAGAACUGUCUUUGGCCUCUGAUCAUUUAUUGGGUUUUGUUUUCUGUUCAGUCAUUCCUCAAUUCAUCUCUAAGGAAAAAAAUCAAGCGGCUGUGACCUGCAAGUGCUCCUUUGAAGAAGGUGAAGCAGUUGAAUUUCAGAUUUUUGAUCCACAAUAUGCAGAAUUCAGCUCAGAUCACAUUUUACUUUGUUGUGAUCCAUACUUCUCUAAAUUAGUAUUGGAGAGAUUUAAAGGAGGCAAUGGAAAUGAUGAAGACACCACUUCUAACAAAAAGGUUUUGUUUAGUUUCGUUUCUUGUGAUGGCUUCAUCGAAGAGUGUGGGAUCUGCCCCAUAUAUGCCUCUGAAUAUCAGAAUUUCAUUCAACAAAGGAAAAUGAAGUGUGAGUUGGGCAAGAGGUCAAAGCGGCAUCGAGAUAUUGAUGAAAUGGAGAUGGAAAUCUGUAAAUUUGGAACCGGAGUUGGAAACUCUGAUGGGGAAGAAACAGUGUCUCCAUGCAAGAAAUUGAAAAUGGAGUUGUGUGCCCAGCCUAAUGGACAAGAAGAUAUUGAAGAAUUGGAAGCUUUGCUCAUGAGAAUCAAAAUCAGCUAGAACCAUUUCUUAAACAACACCAACAGAUCAUUAAUGGUUUUUUUUUUUUUCCCAGAGAAAUUUUUCAAAUCUGGUAAGCUAGGAGCCUAGGACUGAAAUAGCCGUCUUCUUGUUCGUGCUGUUGUGUUUCUUAAUUUAAGAAGAAACAUAAAAAAUAAUUUGAAAGUGCAGAAACAUAACAGAAUUCCAUCUCCUUGCUUGGGCCUUUUUCUGCGGCGGAGGAUAUCUUGAUGAGGGCUGAUGACACACUGCAAGAACUGCUUCAUGGCUAAUCUUAAUUAUACUUGUAACGAAGCUUGAAGCUAUCAUGUACAAUAGUAUUUUAUGAUGCCCAUGUGGUGUGUAUAAUUGUUGAAAAUUUAAGGGAAAACAUAUAUGGGAGUGCUUAUAGUUUCACUUGAUUUUGAAUUAGGCAUUUAUAGUUUUUCUUUUUAUUAGAUCCUUAGAGUUUUUUAACGCUAAUUACUAGUCCUUCUGCUCAUAUUCUGUCUGCUAUUCUAAAUGACAGGUGACUGUCACGUGGCCAAGAAGAAGAGUGUAGUUUUUUGCUUUUUUCUUUUUUUUUUUGCCUGAAGAAGAGUGUAGUUUUCAAUAGUCUUCAAAACCAAUUUCUUUCCGACGACAUGUGAUGCUGCGCAAGUUACCUUGCUUUUGAUAGUAUUCCCAGCUGGUUCUUGCACAGGGAAACCAACCUUGACUAGUUUUGUCCACCUUUAACCAGUUUCAUCACUAUUGAUUGUGCCUAUGAAAUGGCGUUUUGACCGUGCUUUUCUUUUCAUCACUGUUGCAAAAAGGGACCAAGCCUCACAUGGGAAGAAAAUUCAAGAAAGAUGAUGCAUAUCUAAGAAAACAUUGUGCAGCGUUAUUGACGCAAGAAGAAUAGGAAAUCCUCUUCCUGUCCGCCGUUAACGAGUUACACACAACUGACACAAGCCUCAUAACUCUUAGCUUCUUCGUUAUUGUUUCCAAAGCGUCCAAAAAUAGGGCCAAACAGAGCAAAAGCGUCGCAGUAUUUUGGACGACAUGGAGCCAAGUAGGACGAUGAUGGAUUUAUUGGCAAAGGCAAAGGUAACGUCCGCCGCUAACAACACUAAUAAGAACAUGAAUCUUCUAGCAGUCUUCUUCCCCGAAGACGAUUCUGCCAUUGCCAACAAAUCCAAGCAUUUUUCUUCCCCCUGUAUCGCUUCAUCUUCAUCGUUUUCACCGUCUAAUCACUCGGUUCCUCCUUCAAAAGAAGUUGGGGCUACCUUCUCUGUGCGGGAUCUAGCUGAGAGAACUACUAAAAGCAAGGAACUUGCGGAGCAUGAAAUAUGCUGUCGGAAAGAAAAUCGGUUUUGGAGACUACUAAAAACUAAACUCUUCUGCUUAACCACGUGGCAGUCACCUGUCAGAUAAAUAAACGCCGUUGAGAAUAGCAGACAGAAGGAAUAGUAAUUAACGUUAAAAAACUCUAAGGAUCUAAUAAAAAGAAAAUAAACUAUAAUCAAGUGAAACUAUAAGCACUCCCAUAUAUGUUCUCCCAAAAUUUAAAUAUCUAUUUGUUAUAAGGAUUAUAAGUUACAGUGCUUUGUGGAUGU